UCUGUAUUUUGUGUUUACUCCAAUUUAUUGUAUAAAGAGGUAAAUUCUCAGUACGAAAUGACACUUGAUGGGCAUGAACAUACAUAGUUGUUAUUUCUCUGUCAGAUAUGAGGUAUGUCCCUCGCGCGAUGAGUGUAUUAUCGCGCUGUAGUCAGUGACAAGAGUUUUAUUUUUGGUAAACAUGGAUAAUCAUGCUUACCACCCCGAUGAAAAUCAACCGGAAAAUCGGGGAAACAUUCAAAAUGCUGGUAACGGAAGACCAUUUACAGUUGAAAGAAAUCAACCUAGGAGCGACCGCAAUGAUUAUCUAGUAGAAAUCAAUUCAAGAGCGAAAAUUUUUAAACGACCACAUUUCUAUAAGAGACUGUCAAUACUUUUUCUAGUUCUAGCAAUAAUUUUCUUUAUUUUAAUGAUAGUUUUUAUAGUAUUAUAUGCAAAACCAAAAGUCAAAAUAUGUACAUCAAACGAAUGCAUCAAGACGGCAUCAAGUUAUGUUUCCUCAAUAGAUUACAGCGUAGAUCCUUGUGAUAAUUUUUACGAAUUCGCAUGCGGCAAGUGGUCAGAAGAACAUCUGAAUCACGGAUGGUGGAAUACUUUUUCUAGUUUUUCCACCAUAGAAGAAAAAAUUAUUAUCGAAACCGCAAAUGCCUUAUCCGAAGAACCGGACAAUCCCAAUGUACCAAAAGCUGUAAAAAAGACUAGAGACUUUUUUAAAUCUUGUAUGGACGUAGAUACUUUAGACGAACUUGAAACGACAACCAUCUACCCUAUUUUGGAAAAAUUAAAUUUACCAACUAUUCCUACUUAUCUGACGGAUCCCAAUGAUAAAAAUUUUGUAUUUGAUUGGCCAAGGACAGAAACAUUAAUAAAAAACUAUUUACUAAUGGACGUUUUUAUGGGAGUUGAUGUGGCUUCCAAUGUUUUUAAUGGAUCUGAAAAUGUACUUUAUGUGGGACAACUUUCUAAAACGAGUCCAUUACCUAGUCCGACGAAAAAUAAAAGAAAAUCAAUGCAACGAAAUAUUAUCGUAAGGAAAACUGAAACUGAUGAAGAUCAAUAUAAGCAAUUGGAGAGAAGUGUCCAUGAUAAUAUUGUCAAAUAUGUAAUAACGACAAUAGUGCUUAAUGUUACCGGAAAACCUCCAGCAGAAGAUUUACUUGAAACAGCAUCUACCGUAAUUCUUGACGUGGGGGAGUUUAUUGACGAAUUACAAACAAAUACUACUGAUCCAGAGCUCAGUGAAGAUGAUAUAUACUCUAUUACAGUUAUGGAUCUCGACAAAGAAAUAAUUGCAAUAUUAAACAAACCCCAAAAAAGUUUUUUAUUGCCGUAUUUUAAGUAUCUUUUUAAUGGUACUAACGUUACAGUUACUUUAAAUGAUUCGUUAUACGUAACAGAAUUAGAUAAAGUUUUCUUGAAAACUAUUAUGAACUAUUUAGCUGAUUUAUCAGAUAUCAAAAUUGAGCUGUAUAUGUGGUGGAUGGCUGCAUAUGCGAUGAUUAUCAAUACAUCUGAGGAUAUUUCCCAAUAUAUAACUAAGCAGUUAAAUUCUAUUGAAGGUGAUUCUGCAGAUGUUGUAAGGCCGAGAUCUAUAGUCUGCAGUACAGUAACGCAAACGUAUAUGGGGUAUGGUUUAAGUUAUAUAAUUGGAGAUACAAAUUUUGCUAAUACCACAAAACCAAAGGUAGAAAGAAUGAUUCAAGGAUUGAAGGAUUCGUUUAUAAAUAGUGUUAACCAAAUAACUUGGAUGGAUAGUAAAACCAAAAAAGUUACCGUAGAAAAAAGUAAGGAAACGAUAUCUUUCAUCGGAUAUCCUGAUUGGCUGUAUCAGGAAGGCGAAUUAGAUAGAUACUACAGUGACGUUAUAAUAAACGAGGAUACAUUCUUGGAAAAUAUGGUAAGCGUGAUAUUGUCAGAAUCCACAAGAUUGUUAAAAAGCCUACGAAAGCCUCACAAAAGAGAAAUGGCUAGCGAACCCCUUGAAGUUAAUGCUUUUAAUUAUUUUUCUGAAAACUCUAUAAAUAUUCCAAUGGCUAUUUUAAAUUUUCCUAUGUACCAUCUAGGACUAGAGGUUUUAAAUUAUGGCUCUAUAGGAACGAUUCUAGGCCAUGAACUCACCCAUGCAUUCGACAAUACGGGACGAAAAUACAACAAAUAUGGUGACUAUGUACAUUGGUGGACCAACAAAACUAUAGAAACUUUUGAAAACCUAACAGAUUGUUUUAUUAAACAAUAUGACAACUUUACUAUAGAAGGCAUCGAAAAACAUAUAAAUGGUAAACAGACUUUGGGAGAAAACAUAGCAGACAAUGGUGGUCUAAAUGAAGCAAUUGGUGCUUAUAAAAGAUAUGUAGCCAAACACGGCGAAGAACCAAAACUUCCAGGUUUCGAAAAUUAUACCAACUUUCAGCUGUUUUUUAUUGCUUAUGCAAAUAUAUGGUGUCAAACGGCAUCCAUUGAAGAUCUCACAACCGCAAUCGAAUAUGAUGAACACUGUCCAAAUGCUAUAAGAGUAUUGGGGAGUCUUCAGAAUUCACCAGAUUUUGCAAAUGCUUUUCACUGUCCUGCUGGAAGUCCAAUGAAUCCAAAGAACAAAUGUAAAAUAUGGUGAAAAAUCAUAAUUAGUGUUUUUUAUAUUUUAAAUGGGUGAUAAUCUAAUAGUUUAAUAUUUAUUAAAGUGAAUAUUGUUAGCAAUAAAUAUAUUAUUAAGUUUAAUAUUCUGUAAUACAAAGUUAAUAAAUCGUUUUUUC